CAUAGGGACGAGCUCGUUACUUCCGGGUUCACCUGGCAGGUAAACAUCAGUUUGGACCGGAGUUCGGAGCUGAGGAGACGCAGGACGAUGAGAAGAGACCCGACGGAAGGUCCCGGUGAAGAACGAACUUGUGUCAGAAAGUGUUGACUGGAGGUUCGGCUGAGAUCAAGAUGGGAGAUUUCAUGAAGACAAAGCUGGUGAGCGCCAUCCAGCUGCAGGAGGUGGAGAUGCAGGAGAAACCCGCUGACAACCCGCAGGGCACAAAGCAAACGCACAGUGAGACGUUCUCCGUUGAAGAAGCUGUUGAAACAAUCGGAUUUGGUCGCUUUCACAUCCUGCUCUUCAUCAUCAUGGGCAGCGCCAACAUUGUGGAGGCCAUGGAGAUCAUGCUGCUGGCUGUUGUCUCUCCAGAGAUCCGGUGCGAGUGGCGUCUGGAGGACUGGCAGGUCGCCCUCGUCUCCACGAUGGUGUUCCUUGGCUUCAUGGUUUGUGGCGUCCUGGCCGGAUACCUCGCUGACCAAUACGGCCGCUGGAAGGUGGUGUUCGGAGGCUUCGUGUGGAGCGCUUACUUCUCUCUGCUCACCUCCUUCGCUCCUUCGUACGGUUGGUUCAUCUUCCUCCGCAGCAUGGUGGGCUGUGGGGUCGCAGGAGUGUCUCAGGGCUUCGUGUUGAAGACGGAGUUCAUCCCGUCAAAGUACCGAGCCAUCCUGCUGCCUCUGGCCACUAUAUUCUGGAUGUUGGGUUCCAUGCUGAUCAUCAUACUUGGAAUGCUGGUGGUUCCCACUUUGGGCUGGAGGUGGAUGAUCCGGAUCUCCGUCACCCCCAGUAUCAUCCUCCUCUUCCUUUUUCAGUUCAUCCCUGAGUCGGCUCGCUAUAACGUGUCAGCAGGAAACAUGGCGGCUGCUGUUGAGACUCUGCAGAGAAUCGCUAAAAUGAACCGGGCGUCUCUUCCUCCAGGAGAACUGGUGGAGCCGAGGGUGGAGCAAAGAGGAAGUUUGAAGGUUCUGCUCGGUCCUUCGUUCAGGACGACGUCGUUGCUGCUCUGGUUCUCAUGGUUUGUGGCCUCCUUCACUUACUACGGCUCAGUGCUCGGCAGCUCGGAGCUGCUGGAGAAGAACUUGUUGUGUUUGACGGAUCCCGAAGGAGAACAUCUGGUAAAACACAGAAACGUGGACGGACGCUGUUACUGCAUCCCCUUCCAGCUCAGAGACUACCAGACGCUGCUCAUCAGCUGCCUGGGAGAAGUGGCAUUGGUCCCAGUAAAUAUUGGUUUGCUGAAUGUGUUGGGACGAAAGAUGAGUCUGACUGUCCUUCAGCUGGGGGCGGCCAUUUUGUUCAUGAUGCUCAACAUCUGCACCACCAUGUUUGGGUUCACGGUGUUGCUGUUCCUGCUGCGAUCUCUGGUUUCCAUGAACUUUAACGUGGUUUACAUUUACACUGCUGAGGUGUAUCCCACUGCGGCUCGGUCUCUGGGGAUGGGCUUCUGCACGUCAUUUAGUCGGAUUGGAGGAAUGAUCGCUCCGUUUAUCGCUCAGGUGUUAAUGUCCCAGUCGGUGAUUUUGGCACUCACUCCGUUUGCCGUGAGCUGUGUGGUCUGCGCUCUGGGAAACUUUCUCUUGCCGAUAGAAACGAGAGGACGAGCUCUGCAGCAAAGCUCUUGAUGACAUCUACCUACAGACUAAAUGAAUGUUUUAUCAUUGUUACAUCUGUAAUAUAAAGA